AUGAAACGACCCUCGGAUCAAGUCUCACUCACUUCGACCACCAACAACCACGACCUGAAUACCUGUACUAAAAAAGUGAAACACACUCCUCCUACUGUUCAUGAACAAGACCCCUCCGUGAUUGUUUCUAUCGAUUCGGAUCAACAAUUACAAACUCAUCAUCAUGAUGGAAUGGUGAGUCUUUUGAAAUUAGAUGAUGACUCGUUGGCUCAUGUUUUUUCAUUUCUUCAUCCGCUCCAUGAUCUUCUCGGAAGUAUCAUGAGAACUUGUCGACGAUGUUAUGAACUCACCGGAGGAAUUGCUUUGGAUGCUUUGGACAACAAGGUGUUGAUUCCGAAUGAUCAACAAGCUUCUCAUCAUGAUGAUGGAAAGAACAGCAUACUCGUGCACAAUGAAAAGGAACAGAAGAAUGAAAAACAAGAUGGCCGUAAUUUCCAUUCACUCUAUGAAAAGGUUUCGUUAGGAUUCAAACCCACAGGAUGCCCCACACGAUACUAUGCCACUAAAAAGAAUAUUCAAUUCUCGAGUGAUUUCAUGUUGAGAUUAUUUAAAAUCAUUCACAAGUGCAAUCCAGUGAAUGGAUGCAAAUAUUUGGAUUUGGGAAGGGAAGGUGAUUGCAAUGAUCUGGUUAAGAUGAAUUUCUCGAUGGAAAUGUUUCAAUUUGCAUUACAAACUGGAAUAUUCACAGGACUGAAACGAUUAAGAUUUGGUUGUUCCUUUCACACUUUUGUGAAAAACUUGAAACAGGACGAAAUGCAAGUGCUGCUGGCUUGGUUUUCAACCUUGAAGAAUUUGGAGCAUUUGGAAGUACCUUCGUUGGAUUCGUGGGAAGACUACUCCAAUGAAAUGCCGCCUCAGUCCUUGACAUACAUGCUCUACAAGACUCUUCUCACCAAUUGCACAAAACUCAAGUCGUUGAAAUGUGGUCUCUGUUGUACACAGCCAUUUGGAGACCACCUUGUUUUUGACAGCUUGGAAGAAUUGGAUCUGUUGUACUACUUUCCCGAAGAAAAUUUUGAUUAUCUGUUCAAGACCAUUCCAAACUUGAAAAAGCUCACUAUGGGGUAUCACAUGUGCUAUUCUAAUGAGCUGUUUCAAUCGAUUGCCACCAAUUGUAAGAAAUUGUUGGAUUUGAAAUUUGGUGAACGAUAUUUGCAUGAAAGUGGAAAUGUGCCAAUAAUUUUCAACUCAAUGACUCAACUUGAAAGUUUACAUUUCGAUGGAGGUAUGCCCUACGAAGAAGACUUGAGAGAGAUUGCUGCAAAAUGUACAAAUCUUGUCUAUUUCUCAACAAGUGAGGAAUAUGAAGGCGAUGAUUAUUCCAUACAGGACUUUUUGAAUGACAUGAAACUAAGACUGAGAAAUUUUGACUUGAACUACUUGUUCAAUACAGAUGAAGAAGGCGACGAUCAAGAAGAGAAUGAAGAAGAUGGCGAUCAAGAAGAGAAUGAUGAAACGGGAGAUGAUAAAGUAAAUAAUGAAUCAAAGAGAGCUGAAAAGACCUUGCAGUCUAUUCACAAGAAAUAUCCUUGCAUUGAAAUUUUAAAUGGCCACUCUGAAUCACUCCCAGCAAAUAUGACUAUUCAACAAUUAUUCCAACAUUUACCAAAUUUGAAAAUUGUGAAUAUCAACAUUAUGGCUGAGGGAUGCGACAAGACAUUUGAGGACGUUGAGCAGGAUGUGAAAACAAGAUUGGAAGCAACCAAUACUUUAUUGAAAUUAAUUCAUGGAGAGAAUAGAGAGCUGUGUGACCAUCUCAUUGAUGAUCGUUUCACAUUCACAACCAUUCGCAUCGAUGAAGGUGCCACUGUUCGCUUGAAAAUCAAAAUUGUAGAAGUGAAUUAUGACGGAUUUGUUUCUUUCAAAGUCAUGAAACUUGAAUAA